GUGAGGCAGGGGAAUGUCCUGGCGAUUGAGAGCACUUACCUGGCGAUGGACACCGAGGAAGGGGUUGAGGUGGUUUGGAAUGAAGUUCACUUCACUGAUCCUCGGGUUUUCUCGAAUCAUGAAGAGAAUAUUAAGUUGGUUUUUGAACACUUCAUGCAGCUCGAGCACCCCAAUAUUGUCAAAUUUCACAAGUACUGGAUAGACAGCAGAGAGACCCCUGCCAGAAAGCCAUCGGUUAUUUUUAUCUCUGAAUAUAUGUCAUCUGGGAGUUUGAAACAGUUCCUGAAAAAAACAAAGAAAAAUCGCAAAACCAUGCAUGAGAAGGCAUGGAGACGAUGGUGUACACAAAUCCUCUCUGCCCUCAGUUACCUGCACUCGUGGGAGCCUCCCCUUAUUCACGGGACCCUGACGUGUGACACCAUCUUCAUUCAACACAAUGGGCUCAUCAAGAUUGGGUCAGUCUGGCACAGGUUGUUUGUUAAUGUUAGUGCUGAAUCUCCAAGGACCUCACUCAGGAGUCCCAGGGAGGAGCAGAGGAUUCGCCAUUUCUUUGCCCCAGAGUAUGAUG